AGAAGCCUCAGCCGGCUGCUGCUAACCACGUGAUUGUUUGUGGAAGUUGGGCACGUGGGCGUGUUCUCCGCGUGUUGGUUUCAUUUUGAAGGUGAAGCGGCUGUCAGCGUGGACGUGGGCCUCCGUUAAAUUUAGGUACGAGAUGUCGUCACUUUCUGCAGCCAGCGUGGAGUCGCCUCCUGCAGCUGAAAGCACGGAGCAGAAGAAGCCGCUGAGGCCCUGCUGCGCCUGUCCAGAAACCAAGAAAGUCCGGGAUGCUUGCAUCAUUGAGAAAGGCGAGGAAAACUGCACAGCGCUGAUCGAGGCCCAUAAAGAUUGCAUGAGGGCGCUCGGGUUCAAGAUUUAACUCCUCGUUUUGUGCAUCUGUGUGUGUGUGCUGCUGAGUGGAAGACGACCUUGGAUAUUCCUUUUCUUCUUCUUCUCCCAUCUUAUUUAUACUCCACUGGAAGGGAAGCGCUGAUGAUGAACCACACGGGAUGUCUGACUGUCUCUAGUUUUUUUAAAGUGAGCAGAAUCUGUGUGAAUAUCUAAAAUGCUGUCUGAAGUUGAAUAAAAGUCCUAUGCAAUA